GACGCCAUGAGGCUUUACUCUAGAGUCUCUAGUGCAUGGAGCAUGUAGUACAGAAGUAGCAACCAGCCAAGCUACUCUCCACGGAAGCUCUACUAUCAUCAAGCUCAACCAGCUAGCCACUGUGUGUGAGCUCAUUUCUAGACACGUACCACAGUGUGUGCUAUUGUGACGCAGUGGAUGCGUGCUAGAAAGUCCGUGUGUGGCUGUGUGUGCAUUGCUUCGACCGAGGCAGUACUGGUCAUACCGUACCUUUCUUGGAUCUGAAGCUCAGAAGAAGCUAGGGUUCUCUCAUCAGGUUACAAGGCUAAUUAACCUGAGGUAAGAAACUGAAGAUCUAGACAUCAGCAGCUGGUGCAGCUAGUAGCAGCAAGCAGCCAGGCACCGUCACUUCACUAGCACAGCCUAAGAACUUCGAAAGGCCAGCCAGGGCAGGCUGUGUUGUUGUCGGGAGCAGCACCAAUAAACGGUUGCGCCUCCGAUCGAGAGCCCACACACUGAUCGGGAGAUCGGCCGCUACGGCGCUAUACCUCUAACUGCCGGGCGCGAACUACGUGCAUCCAUGGCGCCGCCGAGCUCGUGGUGGGGCGGCGAGGACCAGGACGGCACGCCGGUGGUGGUGAAGAUGGACAACCCCUACUCCCUGGUGGAGAUCGACGGGCUCGGCGUGCCGCCCGCCGACAAGGCCCGGGGCAAGAACGCAAAGCAGUUCACGUGGGUGCUGCUGCUGCGCGCGCACCGCGCCGUGGGCUGCGUGGCCUGGCUCGCGGGAGGGUUCUGGGGCGUCCUGGGCGCCGUGAACCGGCGCGUGCGCCGCAGCCGCGACGCGGACGACGAGCCGGACGCCGAGGCCUCGGGCCGCGGCCGCGCCAUGCUGCGGUUUCUGCGCGCGUUCCUGCUGCUCUCCCUCGCCAUGCUGGCCUUCGAGACCGUGGCCCACCUUAAGGGCUGGCAGUUCCCGCAGCACCUGCCGGGGAACCUACAGGAGCUGGAGGAGCAGCUGCAGCACCUCCCCGAGCACCUGCGGCACCUCCCCGAGAACCUGCGCCAGCUGCCGGACCACCUCCGCAUGCCGGAGCGGCAGGAGAUCCAGGGCUGGCUGCACCGGGCGUACGUGGCCUGGCUGGAGUUCCGCGUCGACUACAUCGCCUGGGCCAUCCAGAAGCUGUCCAGCUUCUGCAUCCUGCUCUUCAUGGUGCAGUCCGUGGACCGGAUCGUGCAGUGCCUCGCGUGCUUCUGGAUCAAGAUCCGCGGCAUCAAGCCGCGUGUCCCCGCGUCCGGCGGCAAGCCCCGUGGAACUACUGGAAGGAAGAGCGCGGAUGCCGAGAACGGUUUCGCCGAUGGCGACGCCGACGGCUACUUCCCCAUGGUGCUCGUCCAGAUGCCCAUGUGCAACGAGAAAGAGGUGUACGAGACGUCCAUCUCGCACGUGUGCCAGAUCGACUGGCCGCGGGAUCGGCUUCUGAUCCAGGUGCUGGACGACUCGGACGACGAGGUGUGCCGGAUGCUGAUCAAGGCGGAGGUGACCAAGUGGAGCCAGCGCGGCGUCAACGUCAUCUACCGCCACCGCCUCUCGCGCACAGGCUACAAGGCCGGCAACCUCAAGUCCGCCAUGGCCUGCGACUACGUCAAGGACUACGAGUUCGUCGCCAUCUUCGACGCCGACUUCCAGCCCAACCCGGACUUCCUCAAGCUCACCGUGCCACACUUCAAGGAGAACCCGGAGCUUGGUCUGGUCCAGGCUCGUUGGAGCUUCGUGAACAAGGACGAGAACCUGCUGACGCGGCUGCAGAACAUCAACCUGUGCUUCCACUUCGAGGUCGAGCAGCAGGUGAAUGGCGUCUACCUCAACUUCUUCGGCUUCAACGGCACCGCCGGCGUGUGGCGCAUCAAGGCGCUGGAGGACUCGGGCGGCUGGAUGGAGCGCACCACCGUCGAGGACAUGGACAUCGCCGUCCGCGCGCACCUCAACGGCUGGAAGUUCAUCUUCCUCAACGACGUCAAGGUCCUCUGCGAGCUGCCGGAGUCUUAUCAGGCUUACAGGAAGCAGCAGCACAGGUGGCACUCCGGCCCCAUGCAGCUUUUCCGCCUCUGCAUCCCGGCCGUCUUCAGGUCCAAGAUCCCGUUCUGGAAGAAGGCGAACCUGGUGAUGCUUUUCUUCCUGCUGCGGAAGCUGGUGCUGCCCUUCUACUCCUUCACGCUCUUCUGCGUGAUCCUGCCGCUCACCAUGUUCGUGCCAGAGGCGGAGCUGCCCAUCUGGGUCAUCUGCUACAUCCCCGUGCUCAUGUCCCUCCUCAACAUCCUGCCGGCGCCCAAGUCCUUCCCGUUCGUCAUCCCCUACCUCCUCUUCGAGAACACCAUGUCCGUCACCAAGUUCAACGCCAUGGUGUCCGGGCUAUUCCAGCUGGGGAGCUCCUACGAGUGGAUCGUCACCAAGAAGGCGGGCCGCACCUCGUCCGCGUCCGAUAUCCUAGCGCUCGCCGAGGCCGACUCCCACGCGCCGCUGCCGCCGCCGGCCAAGCUCGUGCGCCGGGUCUCGGAGGGUGGCCUCCAGGAGUGGAGCAGGCUCAGGGAGCAGGAGACCGCCGAGUGGGCCAACAAGGAGGAAGCUGCUGCGGCUCUGGCCGCCGCUGCGCCGGCCACGCCCAAGAUGACCAGGAAGACCAAGAAGCCCAACCGGAUCUUCAAGAAGGAGCUCGCGCUUGCGUGCCUCCUCCUCACGGCCGCCACACGGAGCCUGCUCUCCAAGCAGGGGCUGCACUUCUACUUCCUGCUCUUCCAGGGCGUCACGUUCCUCGCCGUCGGCCUCGACCUUAUCGGCGAGCAGGUCAGCUAGCCGCCGCCACCGCAAGAAUAAACUUUUAAAUAGCGGCCGGGUCGCCAUGCACGGCCUGCUGGCCACAUAUGCACAGGCAGUCUUACAUGCAUGCGUGCUGGUGUAACCAUUACCAUCGAAGGCACAACUUCGAUUGACGGAUCAGAUUAAUAUUUAGACUUUCUUCUCUUAAUUUUAUCCUUUUGAUAUUUUUUUUUGUUCAGAGAUCAAAGAAUAUGUGUGGUGAACUCUAUUUUUCCUUGCUCUAGCUAGUGCUUCUUCGUUGCUACUACGUACUAGGGGAGGGAAUCGGGUUGUUCAUUGCAUUCACAUAUCAGCACUACUGAUCUAUGUAUUCAGUAGCCUCUUGUUUUCUUUCAACAGUACAUUAUGAUCUAUAUGGUGUAACAAAUACAUGUCAAUGGAUAAAUCAAUCUUGUAUGCUUUCAAA